CCCUGUUGUAUCAAUUAUGCUAUCGAGAGGGGAUUUGUCGUUGAUGAUAGAAAGGUGUGUCAACAGCCUCCGUUGCUAAGACCUUAUGAGUUUGUUUUAAAUUGGCAGGAGUUAUCUAAGAUGUUGACAAGAACUGCCAAAAUCCAGCUUGUGAGUUCGCAUCCCGAGGUUUAUGAGCCAUGUGAUGAUUCAUUUGCAUUGGUCGAUGCAUUAUUAGCUGAUCGAACUAACUUGUUAGAGCACCAACCCUCAAUUUGUAUGGAAAUUGGAUGUGGUAGUGGGUAUGUUAUUACUUCACUUGCAGUUAUGCUUGGACAUGAACGAUUUGCUCCAUACUAUAUUGCAACAGACAUUAACCGUCAUGCACUAAAGGUGACUCGCGAGACAAUGGAUGCUCACAGGGUUAAUGCAGAGUUGGUACACACAGAUAUUUCAUCUGGACUUGAGAAGCGGUUUGCGGAUUCGGUUGAUGUGUUGGUUGUGAAUCCUCCUUAUGUUCCUACACCUGAAGACGAAGUUGGUUGUGAAGGGAUCACUUCUGCAUGGGCCGGAGGGGAGAAUGGUCGAAGUGUUAUUGAUAAAAUAUUGCCGGCUGCUGACAAUCUUUUGUCAAAGAGGGGCUGGUUAUUUAUGGUCACGCUUACUGCUAAUAAUCCCUCAGUAAUAUGUCUUGAGAUGAGAAAGAAGGGUUAUGCAUCUCGAUUUAUCCUGCAGAGAUCAACUGAAGAAGAGACCCUUCAUAUUAUCAAAUUUUGGCGAGAUACUGAUAGCCAGUUGGAACCAAAUAAUUUAAAUUAUUGGACAAAACUGGUGAGUCUCAUUUUGCCAUUUUAUUGACUGUUCGUUAGAGGACAUGUCAACGGCUAUUAACGAUAUUACAGAAAGAGGAGGAAGUUCAUCGGCUGGAUGUGGUAAGUUUUACCUUCUGUUCUUUUCCCUUUGUUAGUUUGAAGUAAUACAUAGAAGUCAAAAACUGUAUUACAUUCUUUUUAAAAAAAAAAAAAAAAAAUUGCGAUAUCGUUGUUCAGGUGAUUUUUUCCUGGCUGGGGAGGGUUUGUAUUCUAUAUUCAAAGGAUCCUCAUCUUGAGAAUUUGACAGAAAAGUUGACACAAAAGUUUGAGUUGAAGAACACAACAGAAGAGAAAAAGGGAUUCGACACUAACAAAGACAAAGAGUGUUCUGAUUACAAAGAAAGGUUAUCAAAUGCAAGAAGGUCAUCAGAUGCAAAUCCCAUUUAUUCACAUUGGGCUUCUUCAACUCGGGCCCAAUUUAAGCAUUUGGACAAAGGUGCAGCCCGUGUACAAAUUCAAGGUGAAUCUGAGCCCAACAAAGCUGUGGACAGAUCUGAGCCAUUGAAAGUUGACAAAACAAAUCUGGCCAUACAGCUUGGUGAAAAUGACACCUGUGCACACCUGUACAAAAUCAGAAAAUCCUAUCAGUGUAAAGAAUAAAAGUUUGUUAGGGAAUUAGCCAAUAGAAGAUAGACAAAUAUGUAUAGGAUUGAUUGUUUUCUUUAUUUGUUUUAAAUACAUAGGCUUGUAUAUAUAGGGGUACUCUCCAUUGAUAAAAUACACAAGAAAUUUCUCAAAUCUACUGUUUCAUUAAAAUCUUAUACCUCAAACAAGCUGACUCCCGCUCUCAACUUUGUCAAGUACCUUUAAUGAUUCUUAAAGAUGUAAUUCCUCACUUCUUUACACAAUUUUUGAAUAAUUUGCUUUCGUAAUCUACACCGUUCUGGACUUCUGGCAACAAGCUUGUGUAAUAUCUUCCAGUGAUACAAGAACCGGUUAAUGAAUAUGUUUGGAUGGAUGUUAUCUGGAUAUUGAUUGGUUAGGUUUCUUGUUAAUUUACUUGUUUUGUUACUGCAAUUUAAGCAUUUCAUUGCUAAAUAUGAAUAAACUUGUGUAGGUGAAAGUUUCUAGCCCUUUGAAAAGGUUCCCUCUCUACUAAUCAAGUAUUUCAGGCUGAACAAUAGCAAGAGUUACAGCGAAAAAAAUGUUUAACGUAGGUACCAAAGCAAUGUGUUAACAAUUUGUAGCCAGUAAACAAAAAGCUUUUGGGAAUAAGGUUGAAAUGUAACUUCACAGCAUGAUUUUUAGUUUUGCACCUUACUACCUUGUGGCACUACCCUACAUUUUUCAGAAAGAACUGUCAUUGGCUCCUUCCUAUACUAGUGUAGCAAUAUUGUUGAAAAGUUGCAUUUGGACAUUCUUUGAACUGCUGCAGUUAAUCAAUCUUGAGAAGAGGUCCCGUUUGCAAUUUUUAUUGUAUAUUUGUAUUUUAUGUAUAGACUCAAUGCCAUCCUUUAAUUGCAUUACCCUUAUUCCUAUGUGAACAUAUGUUUUUGGAUAAUGUUGUCACUUCCUUUUCCAAAAGCUUGGCUAAGGUCUGUCCGAAAACGUUUAGUCUUGAUCAACUUCCACAUACUCUUGUGGUUUCAACUUCAGAUAUACUUUCUUUCAAUUACCUGAUUUUGUUCUUCUAGUAAGUUCUCAAGGGACAAGUUGAAACAAAUAGACAACCAUUGCUACUCUGUGACCAAUAUGAAACAUUUUCUUCUUUAUACUCUAAGUAGAAGAAAAGGUCAACAUAUGGAGUUGGAGCUUGGAAAAAUUAGAGGCUAAAAUGCAUGGAAACAAAGCAGCCUUGGUUUCAGAAUAUAGCGAUCACGAACCUCAAAGUUGUUUGAGGCAGGAAAAAACUCAUAUUAAGCACUGCUCUUCAUGCAAUUGAUUCAAGAAGGUGUGCUAGUUGACUCAAUUAAAUGGGAGAAGUUAAUUUUCUCUAGCAUAGAUUUAUCAGUAGUAUCAUCUUUCUCUUUUAAGGGGAGAUAAGGAGUAGAGGGUCGUUCUGCGUGAGAUAAGUCUUUAGUUUCACUUUUUAAUUUAAAUCAUAAAUCAUUACUACUAUAUAAUAUGGAACUUUAAAUACUUCAUUGUAAUAUUCAGAAUUCACUACUUUUA